AUGCAAACAAUACUAAAUAAUCUAAAUAAUUCUGCCUCGCGGUUUGGAAUGCACUUCACACCUGCAAAGUGUAAAGUGCUACUGCAAGACUGGGUGGGCUCGAACCCUAGCCUCAUGCUUGCGUAUGAACCGAUUGAGGUGGUAUACAAAUUUGCUUACUUGGGCAGCUGUAUCAGUCCCGGUGGUCUCGCGAAAGAUGAUAUUUCCAUCCGGAUUGGGAAGGCCAGAGCAGCUUUUGCGAACCUACGUCACCUGUGGCGUAGACGUGACAUCAGCUUCUCUGUCAAGGGUCGAGUUUACAAUGCUGCGGCCCUCGCAAGUCAGCAAGAAACAUGCCAAUCCACUAUCUUCGAAGAACCACCAAAGCUCAACGUUAUCAAUCUAUUGGCGCUCGUGAAAGCGGCUCAGCAGCAGCAUGGUCUUCGGCAUGGGGAUUAUCAGCGUUACCAUCAAUAUGUAUCUAGGAAGCUGAGACGAAUGCGCAAAUCGCUGCACUUUCAACAGGGUAACCGGUCGAAAGUGCUGCCCAAGAAGCUCACAUCGGAUAUGGUCACCGACCCACGGUUCCUUCUUCUAAAAGUUUUUGAGAUCGAACGAUCGUGGGCCUAUGCGAUGCAACUGAAGGCCGACUCCAACACUGAGUUCCGAAAACGUUUUCAAAUGAUAUCACGUUUGCGGAAAGCGGUACUUCGAGGAAAUCAACUGUCCGAGCUGGCUACGGAGUUGCCAAUGUUAGACGCUCAAACCAAACUGGAAUUGCAAGCUUACAUUCAGUGGAUCCACGGCGUGCUUGCGUUCGAACUGCAGGACUGGAUGAAAGCCAAGGAAUUUCUUGAGGCCACACAGGCUAUUUAUGCAGGUCUGAUGCAGACCAUCGAGGAGGACAAUCGUGGUGUGUACAGUUCCCGGGUUGAUGACAUUCUACCCCAAAUUCACUAUUGUGCUUAUAAUAUUGGUGAUAAGUCGGCAGCAACGGACUUGCAACGCAUGCGUGCCCAAACUACUACGGAGACUGGUGGGUUGGCAGAGUUGCAGCUUGAUCAAUUGCUGAGUCAGGCGCGAGCAAGCCAAGCAGGUCAGGUGACUGAAGUAGAGUGGCUAGGAAUGACGAUUCCAGUGAAACUAGAAAAAGCCAAAAUGGCGAUUCUAACAGUGAAGGAUUCGGAUCAGGAGCUUCUAGGAAUGGAUAAUCACAAUACGAAGCUGUCCGUCUACGAAUCUGUUUUGAAAGCCUGUGUUGAUGCUAUCGGUGCGGUCAGAGAUGAAAUUCGUGCUACACUGUCCACGGAAGGGGCAGUUGCAGCCGGUGCAGACAAGAAGAUGGCUGCCGCAGUUGCUGCAUCCAGCUCCACCGACAAAGUCUCCCGUCUCCAAGUUCUCUAUGCCUACCUGCAAUAUCUAAAAAUUUCGAAAACGAUUGAACGUACGUUGUUGCAUAUCAAAGGGGCACUUUCCGCUGAUGGUCUCGAAGCUGCUGGGCACGUGAAGGAUGGACUUGGGACAAGUUCCUUUCCGAAGCCACAAGAACUCUCCAGGCUGUACGACACACUGGUUCAGAAUUUACAAGAACUGAUAGGUCUUCCUGGAGCGGUGCAGGAGCGUAUGGGUCUUAAGGCAUUGCUCCAGGCGAAAAUAGUUGCCUAUCGCAGCUACCGGUGCUACUACCUAGCUUUCACCUACAUCCACGGCAAGCGUUUCGCUGAGUGCUCGGCACUGUUGCAACGGUCAAGACGGCACGCGGAGGAGGCUUUGCAAGCCCUCUCUCCCACUACUGCCUCAUGGACUGAUGACGAAUCUGCCGCUAGUCCCGGUCCACCCUGUGAUCAACUGAUUACCGAACUCACUUCCUUGAUCACGCAAACUGAGGCUGAGGAUCUGACUUGUCGCGCAGUCUACAUGCUCGAUCUGUCGGAUUCCGGUGAUCGACCGUUCGAUACUUCAGAGUCGGAGAACAAAUUGAGCCAAAAGGUUCUUCUAGAUCGCUUGGAUCACUAUGUCGAAUGCAACGUCGUGGAAAAGUCAUUUACUACUCAACCCUAUCCGUUCGUCCAACUCCCUCCACAUUUCGAGCCCGUUCCCGUCAAGCCGAUAUUUUUCGACUUGGCUCUUAAUCAUAUCAACUUCCCUUCACUAACGGAAAAAACAAGCACCGGCAUGUCCAAAGGUACUUCUGGAUUGUCCGGUCUCGUACGCGGAUGGCUUUGGGGCUCAGGAUCCGGUGCGGAUGAAGGUCCAUCACAUUCCUGAUGCCUGUCUGUUACUUCUGCGCUCCCCAUGUGUUUGCACGUGACAUUCACCUUGACUUGCCGAUUGCUGAACUCCUGUGAUUUGCUCUGCAUCUGUCUGUUCGUCUCUUUUAAAAAUAUCCGUG